CUUUACAAAGGUCCUAACUAUUAAAUCUUCAAAGUAGAUAUAGCUAUGAAAUAGAGACAUCCAAAUUGAAGAAGAAGAAGUUAGAACACUAAAGCUGUAAGAAGAGUUCAAGGAGGUUGAGUUUUCUUCUUCUAAAACUUGCCAUCCCUAGCUUGUCCAACUUGAUGUAGCCCGUAGUUUCUUGUGGUAGUUGCUGAAAAUUAUAGAAAUAUUGUGUAUUUUCAAGCAUAUGACUGCAUUUGGACAAUGUAUCUGCAGGGAAGUUUGCUUCUCGGAAUACAUGUUUGCAUUGGAAGAAGUCCAAAAGCUGGACCAAAGAAAGUCCAAAGUUACUUUCAAUAUGUGCGUUAUGUUUUGGUGAAAUAAUUAAAUGUUAUUGCAGGGUCAGCUUCAACAACUUGUUAUUGAACAACAAUCUGAAGAGAUCGAGCAUCCCAUGACUAGGGAUGAGAUUUUAUCAUCGGUUCUCGGUGAGAGAUCAGGCUAUGUUCGGGGAAAAGGAUAUGGAAACAAGCCUCCUAAAAAGACUCAACUACAUCAGUCAGACAUAGAGGCAAGUGUAUCUUCGGCAAUGGAAAGUAUUCGUCAAGAGAUGCAAGCUGAUAUGGAUCGAAAGUUACAAGAAGAACGUGAACAAAUGACUACUGAUUUAAAAAAGAAUAUGAAAGAAGAUUUGCAGAAAAAAUUAGAAGAGGAGCGUGAACACAUGAAAGGCGAGGUAGACAAGAUGUUCCAAGAACAAAUGGCUGCUAUUAUAACUAGAAUGCAACAGGUACUUUCUCUUGCUCUUUUGGAAUAUAAUAAAUUGUUAUCUUCGUGUAGAAAAUAGUUACAUUAAAAGUUGGACUAGUUAUUAGGAAAAUCCAACAACUGAAAUGUUUUCUGGAAAGCUUUCCAUGGCUUUAGAGAUGCCGAAUCCAACAAAGCUAUGGCCUAUGGCCAACAAGAAGUACUUUAGUUAUCA